UCUCAGACUCGGCUCAGCUCGCCGCGCACCGUCUCUCUCUUCGCACGGAGAACCGCGUGCCGUUAAAACGCCGGGAUUAAAGCGAGAAAGUCGGACUGAAAUGCUGAGAGGAGCCGCCGCGCUGCUGAAGCGCCGCUGGCCGCGCGGACCGACGUCAUCAUCUCAACGUUCAUUUAGCCUGAAGGCCCAGACUGCACACCUGGUACUCGAGGAUGGCACCGUGAUGAAGGGCUACUCCUUUGGCCAUAGGUGGUCAGCGGCUGGAGAGCUGGUCUUCAACACGGGGCUUGUGGGGUAUCCAGAAGCCCUCACAGACCCCAGUUAUAGAGGUCAGAUCCUCACACUCACAUACCCCAUUGUGGGUAACUAUGGUGUACCCAAUACAGAGGAGCUUGACGAAUUGGGACUGAGAAAGAACGUGGAGUCUGAUCGCAUUCAAGUGUCGGGACUGCUGGUGCAGGACUACAGCCACGACUUCAGCCACUGGAACUCGGUGAAGUCUCUGGCACAGUGGCUGCAAGAGGAGCAGGUGCCAGCUCUAUACGGUGUGGACACUAGGAUGCUGACUAAGAUCAUCCGAGACAAGGGCACAGUUUUGGGGAAGAUUGAGUUUGAAGGGCAGCCUGUAGAAAUAACUGAUCCAAACAAGAGGAAUCUUGUGGCAGAGGUCUCUACAAAGGAAACCCAAGUGUUUGGUAAAGGCAACCCUAUCAAAGUGGUGGCAGUGGACUGUGGGAUCAAGCACAACAUAAUCAGACUGCUUGUCAAGCGUGGAGCUGAGGUGCACUUGGUGCCAUGGAACCAGGACCUCAUGAGUCUGGAUUAUGAUGGUCUGUUCAUCUCUAACGGCCCUGGAGACCCAUCUCUGGCUAAAACCCUGAUCCAGAAUGUUCGCAAGGUGCUGGAAAGUGAUCGGCCCCAGCCUGUUUUUGGCAUCUGUAUGGGGAACCAGAUCACAGCUUUGGCUGCUGGUGCCCAGUCUUACAAACUGCCCAUGGGGAACAGAGGCCAGAACCAGCCGGUGCUGAAUGUGAUGACCGGGCAAGCCUUCAUCACGGCUCAGAAUCAUGGCUACGGGAUUGACAGCGAGUCUCUGCCUCCAGGCUGGAGUCCACUUUUCAUCAACGCCAAUGAUGGAACCAAUGAGGGCAUCAUGCAUAACACCAAGCCAAUUUUCACCGCGCAGUUCCAUCCAGAGGCAAAGGGAGGCCCCACAGAUACUGAGUUCUUGUUUGAUACCUUCCUAUCCCUGAUAAAGAAGGGGAAAGAUGCAAGCAUUGAGUCUGUGAUGCCGAAGAAGCCUGCAGUUCCACAGAGAGCCCAGGUCUCUAAGGUGUUAGUGCUGGGCUCUGGUGGCUUGUCUAUUGGCCAGGCUGGAGAGUUUGACUAUUCGGGAUCGCAGGCUGUGAAAGCCAUGAAGGAGGAGAACCUGAAAACUGUGCUGAUGAACCCAAACAUCGCUUCAGUGCAGACUAAUGAGGUGGGCACCAAGCAGGCAGACUCGGUCUACUUCCUGCCUGUCACGCCUCAAUUUGUGACGGAGGUGAUCAAAGCCGAGAGGCCUGAUGGCAUCCUGCUCUCAAUGGGGGGACAGACUGCACUCAACUGUGGAGUGGAGCUGUUUCAGAGCGGCGUUCUGCAGAAGUAUGAGGUGAAGGUGUUGGGCACACCCGUUGAGUCCAUCAUGGCCACAGAGGACAGACAGCUCUUUGCAGACAAACUAAUGGAGAUUAAUGAGAAGAUUGCCCCCAGUAUCGCAGUGGAGUCGGUGGCAGAUGCUCUAAAGGCAGCAGAUGAAAUUGGCUACCCGGUGAUGUUACGCUCAGCCUAUGCUCUAGGAGGACUGGGCUCAGGCCUCUGUGCUGACAAACAGAAACUGGAAGAAACGGCACGCAAGGCUCUGGCCAUGAGCAGUCAGAUCCUUGUGGAGAAAUCUUUGUUGGGCUGGAAAGAGGUGGAAUACGAAGUGGUCAGGGACAUAUCUGAUAAUUGUGUCACUGUCUGCAACAUGGAGAACUUUGACCCCUUAGGCAUUCACACAGGUGACUCCAUCGUGGUGGCACCCAGCCAGACGCUGUCCAACGAGGAGUACCAUAUGCUGCGGGAGACGGCCAUUAAAGUGGUGCGUCACCUGGGCAUUGUGGGUGAGUGCAACAUCCAGUAUGCCCUGCACCCAUCCUCGCUGGAGUACUGCAUCAUUGAAGUCAAUGCCCGGCUCUCUAGAAGCUCAGCACUGGCUUCUAAAGCCACCGGGUACCCCCUGGCAUUUGUAGCAGCCAAGCUAGCGCUGGGCAUCCCUCUGCCUGAGAUCAAGAAUGCAGUGUCCGAGAAGACCACUGCCUGUUUCGAGCCCAGUCUGGACUACAUUGUGACUAAGAUCCCUCGCUGGGACCUGGACCGCUUCCAAGGCAUGUCCCGAGAGAUCGGCAGUGCCAUGAAGAGUGUAGGAGAGGUAAUGGCGGUGGGUCGCACCUUCGAGGAGAGCAUCCAGAAGGCACUGCGGAUGUGCCACCCCUCAGUGGACGGCUUUGUGCCGCGGCUGCCCCUCAAGAGAGCCUGGAGUGAGCAGAGCGACCUGCGCCAGGAGCUGGCCGUACCCUCCAGCACUCGCAUUUUCUCGCUCGCCAAGGCCCUGCACGACGGAGUCACUGUGGACCAGAUCCAUGAACUCACAGCCAUUGAUAAAUGGUUCCUGCACAAACUCAGACGCAUUACGGAGCUGGAACAGCACCUGCGUCAGUACAAUAGCUCCACAGUUCCAGGUGAUGUGCUCCUGAAGUCCAAGCAGGAGGGCUUUUCGGACCGGCAGGUAGGCCAGGCCCUGGGCAGCUCUGAGGGAGAGGCCCGCACCCUGAGGCUGAGCCACAACAUCCGACCGUGGGUCAAACAGAUCGACACACUUGCUGCAGAGUAUCCUGCUGUCACCAACUAUCUCUACUGCACCUACCACGGCCAGGAGCAUGACCUGGACUUCAGUGACCAGGGUGUGAUGGUGUUGGGCUGUGGUCCUUAUCACAUUGGCAGCAGUGUGGAAUUCGACUGGUGCGCAGUGUCGAGCAUCCGCGCCCUCAGACAGAUGGGGAAGCGUACCGUGGUGGUGAACCAUAACCCAGAGACGGUCAGCACCGACUUUGACGAGUGCGACCGGCUCUACUUCGAGGAGCUGACUCUAGAGCGCAUUCUGGACAUCACCCAGCAGGAGGGCUGCACAGGUUGCAUAGUCUCUGUCGGGGGGCAGAUCCCCAAUAACUUGGCCGUGCCUCUGCACCUAAAUGGGGUGAAGAUUCUGGGCACGAGUCCGCUGCAGAUCGACCGGGCAGAGGAGCGCUCUGUCUUCUCCACUAUCUUGGAUGAGCUGGGCAUCGCUCAGGCUCCAUGGAGAGCCCUCAACUCCCUGGACGACGCUUUUGCGUUUGGCAGAAAAGUGGGUUAUCCCUGCCUCUUACGCCCAUCCUAUGUUUUAAGUGGUUCUGCGAUGAACGUGGCCUACGGGGAGGAGGAGAUGAAACGCUUUCUGGAGGAGGCGGCACAGGUUUCACAGGAGCAUCCUGUGGUCAUUACCAAGUUCAUUCGCGGGGCCAGAGAGGUUGAAGUGGACGCAGUGGCCAAGGCAGGCAAGGUGCUGGUUCAUGCCAUCACUGAGCAUGUGGAGGACGCUGGAGUUCAUUCAGGAGACGCCACCCUGAUCCUGCCGACACAGACCAUCAGCCAAGGAGCCCUGGAAAAGGUGAAGUCCGCCACCCGUAAAAUUGCGAAGGCGUUCGAGAUUUCAGGGCCGUUUAACACUCAGUUUCUGGUGAAAGGCAAUGAUGUCAUGGUGAUCGAGUGUAACCUGCGUGCCUCACGGUCCUUCCCAUUUGUGUCUAAAACCAUUGGUGUGGACUUCAUUAACGUGGCCACCAGAGUGAUGGUGGGAGAGCCAUUGAACGAGUCCCAGCUGCCCACCCUGGAGAACCCCAUCAUUCCCGUAGACUACGUUGGCAUCAAGGCGCCGAUGUUUUCCUGGCCACGCCUGAGGGACGCGGACCCUGUCCUGCGCUGUGAGAUGGCCUCCACCGGAGAGGUGGCUUGCUUUGGACCAAACAUCUACUCAGCCUUUUUGAAGGCCAUGCUCUCCACUGGGUUCAAACUCCCUCAGAAAGGAAUCCUCAUAGGGAUCCAGCAUUCAUUCAGGCCAGACUUCCUGUCCACCGCACACCAGCUUAAGGAGGAGGGAUUUAAACUGUACGCUACAGAGGCUACCUCAGCCUGGCUCAACGCCAAUGAUGUGCCCACGUCCCCAGUCGCAUGGCCCAGCCUCGAGGGUGAAGACUCCACCCUGCCUGGUAUCAGCAGGCUACUCAGUGAUGGCCAUAUUGACCUGGUAGUGAACCUUCCCAAUAACAACACCAAGUUCCUCAAGGACAACUUUCUUAUCCGCAGAAUGGCUGUGGACUACGGCGUGCCUCUCAUCACCAACUUCCAGGUCAUCAAGCUAUUUGUUGAGGCCAUCAAGUAUUCCAGUGAGCUGGACACUACCAGUCUGUUCCACUACCGCCAGCGAGACAGUGGCCAGCAGGGUUAAAGACAUCUGAGCACAACAUCCCCUCAUCGCAUCCCUUCUGUAACCUCCACGGCACAGAUCCCACUCCGCCUCUGGAGGUGCGAAGUGCCAUUAUGGCCAGCCCACUCUGCAGUGCCAUGUCUAAUGUCAUUUUGGGGGAGGGGGGGGUCGGAGCAUUCCAGCCACUCUUUAAGGUCACUGGGUUGUCAUUUUGACUGGGUUGAAGGACACUUGGUGUCAAGCUGAAUCACCUCAGUGUGACAACAGAGAGAGAACGGGAUUUUUUUGGGAAACGUUUUAAAUUACUGAUCUUAAGAUUCUCGCCUGGGGACAGUAUUGUUCUUUGUUUAUAUUUGUGUGCUGCUUUUCUUGACAGUACUUCUUAUUGUGUUGAAGAUAGCAAUUGCCUUAGCCCUAAAGGGGCUCCUGGACUAACAGAGCCUUUGAUAGGUUUUGGCUUCUUCUGAUUGUUCCUCUGUGUUUUUUUGUUUGUUUAUAUGCUGUAGUCUGUUUAUUCAGGCUCUAAUGGGAAGGAAGGUGCCGUUUCUGAAAUGGUUUUCCAGCUGUACUAUUAAAGGAGAAUUCCACGGGUUUAGAAAUUGUGCAGUAGUGCAGUGUAGAGAAAAGCACUAAAUCAGAUUUCUUUACAUUCUUGGUUGAAUGUGUCUUAAAACAGAGGGGGAGAAGCCUUUGGGGGAGCUCAAUAAACACCAGCAUGACACACUCCUUUCCACAUAUCAUCACUCUUCAGUUAUUUCACACCGCAUUACAUGUACAGCAGUCCUCUGAGAAAGGCUCUGGUUAUACUGUAAUAAUAAUAAGCGCUUGUGAUCUGAAUUGUGCUGUUCAUUAGCAUAAACCACAUUUUUAUGCAUCUUUUAAAUGACAUUUCCUUCGGCCCUUUCAUUAUGAAUUGUUUUUAUUGUCUCUGUUUGUUCAGCCACUUUGCUGAGUGAGAGUUUAGAGAGCACUCCUGGGAGAUGUAGAGGGACAUUGAAUUAAAAAUCCUCUGACUUAAUAAAGUCGAGCACAGUGAAUUAAUAGUGUUUUCCUCCCCAAUGAAUUUAAGACUGAUUGCCAUUGUUUAUCAAUUGGCAAGACCGACACAUCGAUCAGAGCUGGGUCCCCCGCCUGAAGUUUCGAAACCUAUAGAGAAUGCGUAAUCAAGCCGCUCGGUCCGUUUGCCGCCCACCGCUGGGGAAAAUUUAUACAGUUUGCUUUAUGUUAAGUGCUGAUGUUCAACAAACAGCUAAGGCUAAUACAUCAGCCGUGUGCUCUCCAGAGCUAAGCAGGUAUUGUAACUGACUGUGUUGCUAAUCAGUAGCUGAAGAGGUUCACAGGCUGAUAAGGUAACAGAGUGGUAUGUUAGAGGGACCUGUGUAAUGCCUCAUGGGAUAAUUAGAUCAGGUUUGCGCACUAACAGAGACAACACCAUCAGACAGAUGGUACCUCAUGCCAGCCAGGUGGGGGUCACUGGUGUUGUAGGAACGGAAUCAACUGCAAAUAUCUCGCUCUCCUCAUUGCUCUUAUUAGAGCCGCACCAUAAGGAAUACUGGCAUUUAAGUGCAGUACUAGUAUCAACAAUAAAGAAUAGUGAUAUCUCAGUAGAUGGAGCUUAAAAAAAGGAACAUUUUUGUGAAUUUGACAUGAAAAUGUAUAGACAUUCUGAGACUAAAAUACAGCAGUGACUGCUGUGGAAUUAUUUACUUCAACACAAGCUGAGGGUAACACUACACUACACGACAUUUACUCCGUCUACAGCCCCGAUUCUCAGUCUGGCUGAGUCUGAGCUAGUUGGAUCGAGUCGUGUUUAUCGUGUUUCAGACCAGUCAGAGUUUAUCAAACAUAUUUGAGUUUUUUGACGCGUCUCUGAGCGCAAUCUAGUAGUGUAUACUGGACUCCUGCAACAGCCAAUAAAAACUGAGAGCACAAAAGACAGAAAAACACAUACAAAUGACAAAAAGCAGAGCAUAUAAAUUUGGCAGACAUCAUCUUUUAAGACCCCACAUCUAUAAAAAUUUCUAAAGAUUUUGCCAGUUGUGUUCUACAGGUUCUAUUAUGUGGAGUGCAUGGACCCCAUGGAUUGCCACUUGUAAUGUAGACAGGUGUCCUAGCUGUUGUGACAAUUCAAAGAACUCAUGUUCUACAUCGGUUUCAGACGAAAGGUAAAGUGCAUUGCUAACAGUGAUAAUUUAAACAACCAUUUAUGCCCACCAUCUGAAAGCUACUGUAGAAGGAAAUCUGAAUAUGCACAAACAUCAAAUCUACAGAAUCUUCAUUAAUGUUAUGCUCAUAGUUCAAAGUGGCGAAUUUGACCGAAAGGCAACACGUUUGCAUGUAUGGUUAUACUACCGGAGUAAAAAUACUCACAGCAAAAUCUGUACAGCCAGUAUUUACGGGGAGGCACAACCAGCAGGGAUUUAAAUACGUCAAAUGUAGUUAACCAUUCAAAACUAAAACACAGCAAAGAGCUCAGCGACUUUUCAGAACUGUGAAACCACUGAAGUGUGAAGUUAUCCAACCACUUAAUUCCUCUCAUUGAAAACACUGUCAUGCUUCACUGCAGUCCUCCAGCAUAACAAUCAUGUCAUAAACAUGCCGUGGCAGAUGUCAUAUGCAGUCAUGAGCGGUUAUGACAGAUUUUGUUCAGUAGUUUAACACAGUUGUGCUGCUGUAGCCGUCAUGACAGAAGCAACAGUGACUAGUGACUGUUUUCACAGCAAACCAAGAGUUUCAAAUUUUAAUUAUCAUUAAAACUGCUCAGAAAAGUUUGCAACAGUGUCCCAGAGUCUGAGAUGUGGUCCUAUUUUGUUUGAAAAUGUUGGAAGCUUGAUUGAAGAUGGUCUGUCUUCAGAACAUGUGGAAGGAAGAUCGCUGUGAAAGAGUCUUCUCGGUGACCUUGUCAUGAUUGGCCCCUCCCAGUCCUGUCCAUGUGUGUUUGUUUUUGUAUCUGUAGUCCUGCCCCUUGUUUUGUGACUCCGCCCCUGAUUGUUUUCACCUGUCCCUUGUUACCCUUUGUUACUUAAGUCCUGUGUUUGCACUUUGUCUUUGCUGGUCUUUGUAUCAGUCUUUGUUGGAUAUAUUGGUCUGUUGUUUGAUGUGUUUGUUUGAUCCGUUUGAACCAGUUACUGUUUGUCAUCAUGUCUGGAAUUCGUUCUGUCCGUAUUGGCUCUUUGACCCUGGACCGUUAUGACCCUGAUUCUGGAUUUGCCCUCAAUAAAUGUCGCUUACCUCCGCACAUGCGUCCGCUACCUCGCUCCGCGUUACAGACCUCUAUCACCACUACAAGCCAAUGUGCUCUAAUGAACUUGCCACCUUGUCGAAACUCCAGGUAGGAUGUUUUGAUUAAAUCACUUAAAUAUGCUUAGGACACCUUAAAAAUAAAAAACUACCAGCAUUAAAACUACAAAGCUGAAACUGGCUUAUUGCUGGCUUAUUCCCCAGCUUCUUAUUUGAAUUUCCCCAUUCCGACUUAAAUGGAACAGCAGUUAUUAAUGGAUCGGGUGGAACAGGAAAAUAUAAAUCAGCCUUGUAUUAAAACUACAGGUCAGAUAGUUUGAUAGUUGCCAUCAUUUAAAAAAUAAAAAGGAUAAUUUGAGAGUCU